CAGAGUCUGUGGGAACGACCAGCUGCCGCUAUGAAAUGGGGCCAGAUAUAGUUGUCUGUGUGAAUGAUGAUUUUAUUUCUGUCGUUUGUAGUCUGAGUCUGCUCACCCGGUCAACAUGUCACCGAUUUUAUCGCUGCUUUUGGUCGCCGUCUGCGUGUCGGCGGCACCGACAGUGGAUGAGUCGGCCGACAUGUUUCUGUUGGCCACCGAGUGGCCUCAGACUGCCUGUCUGAUGCACAGUGGCGGCUGCUCCAUUGCCGACAACGUCACCACCUUCACCGUCCACGGACUCUGGCCCGAUAACUACAGCGGUGACGACCCCUUCUACUGUGAUGGAGAGAGUUUCGACCUGGACAAGCUGAACGACCUGCUGCCCCUGAUGCACCAGCUGUGGCCGAAUGUCUACGCCGACAACACCGCCUACAGCUUCUGGAAGCACGAAUGGGACAAGCACGGCAAGUGCGCUGUCUCGACCGGAGUGUACCCCGAUCAGCACAGCUACUUCGCCGAGGCCCUGGCCAAGGUGGCCCGCUACAACGCCUUCCAGAUUCUGGCUGACGCUGGCAUUGGACCCAGCGACCAGCCCCUGGAUCUGAACAUGGUCACUGGGGUGCUGGAUGAGGCUCUGGGCACCCGCUUCAAGAUCAACUGCCAGAAAAUCGACAACAUGUUCCUGAUCUACGAAGUGGAGGUGUGUUUCGGCAGCGAGCACACCCCAGUCGACUGCUACUUGGACGACGACGAAUCGACAUUCCGGGUGAGCAGCUGCAGCCACACGGAGCCUGUCUACUACCUGCCCAUCGUCCACAACAACUGAAAACCGGAUACAACUGGAUCUGACCGGACAGAUGUGGAUUUAACCCCGACGGAGGUGGAUUUAACCGGAUUAAAUCAGAAGAAGCUGGUUUAAAAUUGUCGAAAAUAGACGGAAAAUGGAAUAAAUCGAAGGAAA